CUCUGCCUCUCCUCCUCAACCCUGUAGACCCUGAAGUCUAGACCACCACUCAAAUUCUACAAGCUGAGCCCCAUGGCCCCAUUCCGGCCGAGGGGGCCCCUGAGUUCCCCAAUCAUCUUCACAAAGGCACCGCAAGGGUCCCAAUCUGUCAUCUCUUUCUUAUCUAGGCAGGGAUGAUCUGCUCUCCAUCCGCCGACCCGAUACAUACCGAGUCUAUUCAGUUUUGCAUCCCAAAAUCACCGCCAGAUUGUCGACAUCGACCAUGAAGCGCCUACAUGCCAAUCGCCUAACCUCUGACUAUUCGGAUGACAGCCUUAGCCUACACAAACGUCGUCGAAGUAUCCCCAGUCCUCGCUUGAGCCAGUUAGAAACGCUCCCAACUGAACUCCUCGAAAAUAUCUUCCUCUCCUGCUGUAAUGGAAAUCUCCUUCUUGCGGCACCCAGAGUUGCGGCCAGACUCUCUCACAGUCAAUCCCUGUUUCGCAUUGCAUAUCUGAUCAGCUUCUACAAUCACCAAUUCCAACAUGUCUCUCGAAUCCUUGACUUGGACCGACACCUCUCCACCAUUCACCAUCCUAUACCGUCUUGGGAGUAUCGUUCGAUGACAAAGGCAGUUCUGAGAAGUCGAUGGUGCACCGCUGCAUGGAUCAAGUCGUUCUCUAUGCUAUUUCAUUCCGCCGCUGAGCUGGAUGCUUCCUCGAGACUCACCAUAGAAACAGGUAGCCUUGAUUCCAACACUGUUCACCAUGACCAUCUACGAUCACGAUAUCAGAGUCUGCGGAACCACAGGAAUACUUCUGCAAUUUCUUUCGUCCCUUUGCAAGCCACUGACUUUGCGAUAACCAUCGCUCGUGAUCCUAAAACGCACCUUAAUCAGCUCCUGUCAUCGGACCCUUCAUCCCUAGAUAUCAUGGAUCUUGACAACGACGCAGGCUUUGAUUCUGCAACCGACUUUGACCUAUCCGAUUUCGACACCUCCUCACACCAUGACCCCAGGACACAGCUGUGGCAGUGGCGCUUCUGUGGCGUCAUUUGCAUAGACGGUCAGAUUUCUUUUCCGUCUCACUGCGAAGAUACUCCCUUCCGGGACCUGAUCUGGCAUUUACUGGGCAAUCGGUGUUUCUGGAGUCGCUUGACGGACCCCUUCGCGUCUUUGCAAGACCAAUUGCAGAUGACCAACAUGUCAAAUCCAGAUGAUGCACGCUCUUUGUGGGAUUGGCUUGCACUUGAUUACUACUAUUGGCCAGAAGACCAACCAUUCAAGAUCGCUCCCCAUCUAUUCAGCAUCGCCGCAGCUCAGGAUAUGGCCUCAUUCCCAAGCCAUCCGCUCGAACACGACCAUGAGCAAGGGGGCACGACAACUUUCCAAAACUUCUACGGCUAUGCUCCAUUCGCCCAUCUGUUCACUCUUGAUCCAAGCUCGCUCCCCAUCAAGGAUCCUGUCAUCCAACAGUACGGUCUGUUUUUAGUCGACCGACUUCGUGCCCUGAUCACCUCUCGGAUUACCAAUCGCAAGACUCUUGGGGACAUUUCCUACGCAUUUACAUCAUCCUUUGGCCAUGCCAAACCCCUUCCACCCAAACUCAUGCCUCAAGCCAUGAACUGGUCUCGCCGCAACACCCACAUGCGUGGUAUCAUCGAGUCAAUCCUGGCUCACAUGAUCGGACGCUCUUAUACGGAACAUUCCACCGCCGACUUGCUCCGACCUAAUCUCGCACACGAUCCAUCGUCGCCAUACUCUGUUUCGCCUUGCAUACCACCGGCCUCAGACUACAUCGCCUCCCCAAGCGAGGGCCCGCUGUCGGCCAUGAUUGACAAAGAGCAUACAAAUUUAUCAUCUCACCCAUUACUGCGGAACCUCUUUGUGGCGUGGGGAGGCUCUUUUCGAGAGAUAGAAGACUGGGAAGAUUUCGACUAUUAUGUACAGCUUCCACAUGCUGGAUGAGCAUGAAGAUGUGGCAGAAGAAAAGGAAUCAUUAUGAUCCAUGCUUGCAUCAUUUGCUAGACAAGCUACUGAAGAUGAUGGACGACCGUGGUUUUUUUUUCCGGAGAUACCCAGAUCGGCGUUAUGUAAAGGGAGGCCUCUAGAGUAGAGUCAUUAGGGUUAGACUAUUAGACUUGGUACCAUUCAGGGCCGGCACGGCGCUGGCUGG